AUGGCCGAUACUGAGGUUGCGCUUCCAGAAAGGAAACACCGAAAGUCAGUUGCCUUUAGCGAAGGCGCAACAGUUAUGGACGCAAACGGUACCAUUUCCGAGGCUAACUAUGCUGAGGAUAAGACAACGGCCGAAAAGCACACUGCUGUGUCGCCUGACCAGGAAGUCGACGAGAUGACCGAUAUGUUCAAGGGCCUAACGAAAAAGAAGAAAUCAAAGAAAUCGAAGGAUACAGACGCAGCAGAAACUGGAGAAGACGGUGGUGCGGCUGACGCCGAAUUCGACCCUUCCACGAUUAAGAAGAAAAAGAAGAAGUCUUCGAAAAAAACAACGGAUGGCGACUUUGAAGCUAAGCUUGCACAAGCUGGCUUAGCGGAGGAGGCUGCUCCUGAAGAGACGCAGUCCCCAGAGCAGAUUAUCGAGGCACUCGAGAGCGGAACCGGAAUUUGGGCCCACGAUGCCACGCAACCCAUCAACUACUCGCUGUUGGUGACUCGCUUCUUCAGUCUUAUCCACAGCCACCACCCUGAUCUCCUGGCCAGCGGUUCGAAAUCGUACAAGAUCCCUCCUCCCCAGUGUCUGCGUGAAGGAAACCGAAGAACCAUUUUUGCCAAUAUUCCCGAUAUCUGCAAGCGGAUGAAACGAUCCGACGACCACGUCAUGCAGUUUUUGUUUGCUGAAUUGGGAACAAGCGGCAGUGUUGACGGUAGUAGACGACUAGUGAUUAAGGGUCGUUUCCAACAGAAACAGAUUGAAAACGUCCUGCGACGAUAUAUUGUUGAGUAUGUUACCUGCAAGACGUGUAGGAGCCCGGACACGGAACUGAGCAAAGGAGAGAACCGUCUUUACUUCGUUACUUGCAAUUCCUGUGGCAGUCGACGCAGUGUCACUGCUAUCAAGACUGGUUUCCGUGGACAAGUCGGCAAGCGCAAAAAGCAAUAG